CCGCCCCCCGCUUUCGUGAGGGAGAGAGGCGGGACUGGAGGCUGGGACUCCGGGAGGGAGGCAGGCAGGAAGGGCUGUGGCUGUGGCUGGAGCCCUGGUGGCGGCUGAGAGAGAGACGAGGGCGAGGACGAGGCCGGGCUGCUGCUGCUGCUGCUGCUGAGGGAGCCGGCCAGGCCCGGGGUCGGAGGCGCCGAGGGACUCUGCCCAGCCAGGACUGGGCCGCGGAGGCCCAGUGGUGUUCAAGGAUUCUGGUCAAGUUCAAGGAACCAGAGGAGCAGGUACUGAACUAUGGCAGUGUGGAUCCAAGCCCAACAGCUGCAAGGGGAUGCCUUGAGGCAGAUGCAAGCCUUAUAUGGCCAGCACUUUCCAAUUGAGGUCCGCCAUUACCUCUCACAGUGGAUUGAGAGCCAGCCAUGGGACUCCAUUGACCUGGACAAUCCUCAGGAGGGUGCCAAAGCCACACAGCUGCUGGAAGGACUCAUCCAGGAACUGCAGAAGAAGGCAGACCACCAAGUGGGUGAGGACGGCUUUCUUCUGAAGAUCAAACUGGGUCAUUAUGCCACCCAGCUGCAGAACACAUAUGAACACUGCCCUCUGGAGUUGGUACGUUGCAUUCGGCACAUCCUCUAUCAUGAGCAGCGUCUGGUGCGAGAAGCCACAGAUAGCCCCUCCCCAGCUAGCAGUCUUGCUGAUGCCCUGUCUCAGAAGCAUCUACAGAUCAAUCAGACCUUCGAGGAGCUUCGUUUGGUCACCCAAGACACUGAGAACCAGCUGAAGAAGCUUCAACAGACACAGGAAUACUUCAUCAUCCAGUACCAAGAGAGCCUUCGUCUACAAGCCCAACUUACUCAGCUUGCCCAGCUAAACCCCCAGGAGCGGAUGACUCGUGAGCCUACUUUGCAGCAGAAGAAGGCAUCUUUGGAAGCUUGGCUGCACCGGGAGGCACAGACGUUGCAGCAGUAUCGUGUGGAGUUGGCAGAAAAGCACCAACAAACAUUGGCCCUACUUCGCAAGCAGCAGACAAUCAUCCUGGAUGAUGAACUUAUCCAGUGGAAAAGGAGGCAACAGCUGGCAGGAAAUGGUGGACCUCCUGAAGGGCCUUUGGAUGGCCUGCAAACCUGGUGUGAGAAGCUGGCUGAGAUCAUCUGCCAGAAUCGUCAGCAAGUGCGACGUGCUGAACACCUCUGUCAGCAGCUCCCUAUCCCUGGGCCCAUUGAGGAAAUGCUGGCAGACCUCAAUGCCACCGUUACAGACGUCAUUUCUGCCCUGGUCACAAGCACUUUCAUAAUUGAAAAGCAGCCUCCUCAAGUGCUGAAAACCCAGACAAAGUUUGCAGCCACAGUACGGCUGUUAGUUGGUGGAAAGUUGAAUGUUCACAUGAAUCCCCCUCAGGUGAAGGCCACCAUCAUCAGCGAGCAGCAGGCCAAAGCCCUCCUGAAGAAUGAGAGCACCCGCAAUGAGAGCAGUGGUGAUAUUUUGAACAACUGCUGUGUGAUGGAAUAUCACCAGGCGACUGGAACACUGAGUGCUCAUUUUCGCAACAUGUCCUUGAAGCGGAUCAAGCGCUCAGAUCGACGUGGUGCUGAGUCAGUGACUGAGGAGAAGUUCACCAUCCUCUUCGAAUCUCAGUUCAGUGUUGGUGGCAAUGAGCUAGUGUUCCAGGUGAAGACAUUGUCUUUGCCUGUAGUGGUGAUUGUGCAUGGCAGUCAGGACAACAAUGCCACUGCCACAGUGCUGUGGGACAAUGCUUUUGCAGAGCCAGGUCGUGUGCCCUUUGCUGUGCCUGACAAAGUGAUGUGGUCACAACUCUGUGAGGCCCUGAACAUGAAGUUCAAGUCUGAAGUCCAGAGCAGCCGAGGGCUCACCAAGGAGAACCUUCUCUUCCUGGCUCAGAAGCUCUUCAAUAGCAACAGCAACCACUUAGAAGACUACAACAACAUGGCUGUCUCCUGGGCUCAGUUCAAUAGGGAGAACCUUCCAGGGCGAAAUUACACAUUCUGGCAGUGGUUUGAUGGAGUGAUGGAGGUCCUAAAGAAGCACUUGAAGCCUCACUGGAAUGACGGGGCUAUUCUAGGUUUUGUCAACAAGCAGCAGGCUCAUGAUUUAUUAAUCAACAAGCCAGAUGGAACUUUCCUCCUCAGGUUCAGUGACUCUGAAAUUGGUGGUAUCACAAUUGCCUGGAAGUUUGAUAAUACUGACAGAAUGUUCUGGAACCUGAUGCCCUUCACCACCCGUGACUUCUCCAUCCGGUCCCUAGCAGACCGUCUUGGAGAUCUCCCCUAUCUCCUUUUUGUGUAUCCUGAGAGGCCCAAAGAAGAGGUCUUCUCCAAAUACUACAUGCCAGUCCUUGCAAAGGCUGUGGAUGGAUAUGUGAAGCCACAGAUCAAGCAAGUUGUGCCAGAGUUUGCCACCACAUCUGGGGACUCUGCAGGUGGAGGGACUACCUACAUGGAACAAGCUUCAUCCCCAGCUGUUUGUCCUCAAUCCCACUACAACAUGUAUCCACAGAACCCUGACUCUGUACUGGACCCAGAAGGGGACUUUGAUUUGGAUGACUCGAUGGAUGUGGCACGACAUGUGGAGGAACUGCUGAGGCGCCCCAUGGACAGCCAGUGGAUCUCGCAUGCACAGUCAUGACCUUGCCCCCUUCCCUGAAGAGACCAUGCAGAGACUGUGAAACAUGGGCGUGGGGAGGCCAUUGCCAUGCAAGAAUUCAGCUGCUGUGGGGGAUGCACUUCCUCACCCUUAGUGGGGCAAGUUUGCCAUGCUCUAGCUGAAGGGAGAUGCUUGUGAGGCAAUGGGUGCCAUCCCUUCCUUUGCCCCGUACAAAAGGCAGUGGAGUGUUAUCGCUUGGUUUUCCCAUCUGCUCUGCUGAGAGACUUGCCUCAGGCCUUCUGCUUCAGCACACUGCCUCGUUCUGCAAGCUACUGUUUGAUUUGUGUCAGAAAACCAUUCCCUCCCACCCUCCCAGAAUGCAACACACUGCCAUUCUUUGCCUAGAAGCCUUUUGGGUGUCUGGAAGUGGGGAGGAGUGAGCUGUGGAAGAGAGUAGGCCUUAUUUGAAGGAUCAUAUUUUGUAAUCUUUCUGUGUAUGCAUUUUAUUCUCUCUCUACUGCGCCUCAGAAAAACGGUGUGUGUUUGUUUGCGAGUAUGGUGUGUGUGUCUGCAUUUGGCCUAUGUUUCCAUUGUGCAGGCAUGUGCGUGAUGUUCUGUGUAAGAAGCAUUCGCUCUGUGGAAGCACUGCUUCUGUUUGUACCCAGACACUGAGGUCUGCUCCUGCCAGGUCCCCUUUGGCUUGGCAGAGUCCCCUGGAGCCAUUUUAUGUGCCCUUCUCCUCUUAGUUUCAUCCCAGUCUUUUGUCUUGUCAAAAGAUAGUUGCUUUACAUCUUGGCUGCUCCAUCUAAUGUCCCUUGGCUUUCAGUAUGUUUGAUGUUUUGCACCCUGGUAUCAUGUGUUUAGAAGAUUUUGUGUGUGUGUAGGGGGAAAAUAUAUUCCCCUUUUCUCUCUCACUCUCUCUAAACAAAUUGUGAAUUGCAGAACUAAAAUCUGAAAUAAUUAUGUAUCUGCCUCACCCACCCACUUAAAAUAGGGAGUGGGAAGCAGGUUCCAGAGUUUUAUUGGUAGUUUCAGAAAAGAAAGAGUUGCCCUAAGGAGAGAGUUCUAGACAAUUCAAGAACAAUUGCCACUUCUGUUUUUCUUCUCUUCUCUCUGCAAACCCUGAUCUCUCAUUUGGCUUAGACAACUGGGAAGAAUAGCAACCUACAAGCACUAUUUUUAUACCUAAUAGACAAUAAAGCACAGACUAUUUUAA